GGCUGCCUCUCUGCUGCGAACAGAUUAACCGGAGGCCCGGCACAAACACUUGGCGCCGCACACCAGCCCGGGCAGCCAUGGCCACCUGCCACUGCUCGGAGCCGGCGCAAUGCCUCCACCAGGCCUUGCUCGUGCCGGAUAGGGCCUACCCCAGGCUGCGGGACCGCAAGACGACCACGGUGCCCGCCGGCGACGGCGUUCUCGCUGAGGUGGCCUCCAUCCUCUGCCUCACUGCGCCAAUCGUCGGCGCGGGCAUCCUCCUCUACCUGCGCUCCCUCGUGUCGAUGGUCUUUCUUGGCCGCCUUGGACAGCUCCCGCUCGCCGGCGGCUCCCUCGCGCUCGGCUUCGCCAACAUCACCGGCUACUCCGUGCUCUCCGGCCUCGCCGGCGGGAUGGACCCCGUCUGCGGCCAGGCCUUUGGCGCCGGCCGGACGGACCUCCUCCGCGCGGCGCUCCGCCGCACCGUCGUGCUGCUCCUCAUCGCCUCCGUCCCCAUCAGCGUGCUCUGGGUCGCCAUGCACCGCGUCCUCGUCGCCACGGGCCAGGACCCCGACAUCGCCUCCACGGCGUACGCCUACAUCCUCUGCUCCCUCCCCGACCUCGCCGUGCAGUCAUUCCUCCACCCGCUCCGCAUUUACCUCCGCGCGCAGUCCGUCACGCUCCCCCUCACCUACGCGGCUGCGGCCGCCGUGCUCCUCCACGUGCCCAUCAACUUCGUCCUCGUGGACGUCCUCGGUCUCGGCAUCCGCGGCGUCGCGCUCGGCGCCGUGUGCACCAACCUGAAUUUCCUGCUCUUCCUCGUGGCGUACGUGUGCUUCUUCGGAAUGUACGGCCAUGACGACGGCGAGACUAAAGCGUCCGCGGCGGCGGCCGAGGACGAGAGCGCCAAGGAGUGGUGGAGCUUGGUGAGGUUGUCCGUGCACAGCUGCAUGUCGGUCUGCUUGGAGUGGUGGUGGUACGAGAUCAUGGUGCUCCUCUGCGGCGUGCUCGCGGACCCAAAGGCAGCCGUGGCGGCCAUGGGGGUGCUGAUCCAGACCACAUCGCUCAUAUACAUCUUCCCGCACUCCCUCAGCUGCGCGGUGUCCACGCGCGUCGGCCACGAGCUCGGCGCCCGCCGGCCAGAGCGUGCGCGCCUCGUGGCGCGCGUCGGGCUCGGUCUGGGCGCGGUGCUAGGCCUGGUGGCAUGCGCAUUCGCGGUGUCCGUGCGGGGCGUGUGGGCCCGGAUGUUCACCGCCGACGAUGCCAUCCUGCGGCUCACGGCGGCCGCGCUGCCGCUGCUGGGCUUGGCCGAGCUGGGCAAUUGUCCGCAGACCACGGGGUGCGGCGUGCUGCGCGGCAGCGCGCGUCCCGAGAAGGCGGCGAGGAUCAACGUCUCGGCAUUCUAUGGCGUGGGCAUGCCCGUGGCGCUGCUGCUGGCAUUCCGGCCCGGGCGGCUCGACUUCCGCGGGAUGUGGGGCGGCAUGCUCGCCGCGCAGCUCGUGUGCGCCGCGCUCAUGCUGCGCGCCGUGCUGGCGACCGACUGGGAGGAGCAGACGAACCGCGCGCGCGAGCUCACCGGCGGCAAUGCCGGCGAUGUUGUCGACGGCGACAAGAGAAAGCAUGCAGAAGCGGCCAAAGCAGAUGCCGACAACUCAUCGCUCGUGCUGGCCGACUGUGUGUAGCGGGCGAGGGAGGAGCUAGCAUCGAUUCUUGGAUCAUUGAAUCCUCGAUUGAUUCUUUAGCUAUAGGAUUAUUUUUUUCUCUCUAGUUUUUGUAAUUUUACUCAACUUUUUUGGGGGAUUCCGAGCAAUGCAAGCUGCAAUCUCCUUACAUCUUUGGCUCCUUUCUUCCUCUUUGGAUUGAGGGCGUGAAGAGAAGAGCCGAGAGUGUUUACAGCGAAGAGAGUAGCCGGUGUACAAAUUAAACGUAAGCCACUGGCCAGCGUUGCCUGCAGAUUUGACAGCAAUGCAAACAAUCUCUUUUAUUUUUCC